AUGAACGACGUGAAGAUGGAUAUGAGUGAGCGCACCGACCCGAGCACUGCGGACCUGGACCAAUUCAUCCGUAUCCAGAACGAAAUCCUCAUGUCCCUGCUGCUCCAUGAGUCAAUGCAUGGAAACGGCCAACGCUCUGUACUAUCCUCCUCCUCCCCCUCCUUUUGCGCGUCCAUGUCCAACUACAUGCGCAAUUGGACCGGAAUUGCAGCAAUCUGGCUCGGCACCUCUACCCGCCGUACCGAAAUAUGGCGGGGUCCCUUGCCCCGCUCUACGGACGCUGUACACAUACAACUGCCCGUUGCCAUCACCCACGGUGUGCCGUACAUUUCCGUAAUCGAUGGGUUGGGGCCGUUCGCCUCGGCCGCCAGCGAGCGCUGGCUGAACAACACCUGGUACGGCGAGCCUACUCACAACAUACACCCCGGCCCGUGGGGACACCGCGCCCUUGCCGGAGCCCUCAUCCAUUUCUUACGUGAGCAGAACCACCACUUGGAGCAUUUGCCAUGGCGCGAGCCUUCUGAAUCAGUAGUGCCGUACUGCCCACGGUCGCCGGUCUUCGUUGAUCCGACGGUCCUUAGAAUGUACCUGGACACCAACCCGCUUCACAUUUCAACUCUGGACAGUGACACCGCCCAGCUGCGAAUGGUGCAGUGCCAGGAUUGGCAUGUCAUCUCGGAUGUGGUUGACAAGCCGGGGUUGUUGUCGAACAGCACCGGGGCGCGAUGCACGGUGUUGGUGUUUGCAGAGGAGGUUGUACGGCACCCGGUGAUGGUGGGGGAAGUGCACGUGCUGCUGCUCAAGUCCUAUGAGCACAUGGGUCGAGUCCGUGUGACGGUUGCGGCAGUGCCAGCAUCGAGGGCGGUCGCGACGCACAGCAGUCACAAAGACAGCGGCGGCAGCUAUGUCUCGACUUGCGUUUUGGAGGACGAAGGCAGCAGCGAUAACGGUACACGCAUCGUGCUAGGCAGCAGGGACAUGGACUGCCUGUGGCAGGAGCGGGUUUCGGAGGCGCGUGCGGAAGCCGUACAGAUUGCCAAGCCGCCGCAGGGCGGCGCUGCUGUCGGUCUAGGGGAGGGCAUGUGCCUGACGAUCACAUUCGAAGUGCUUGCGUCGGAACGCUCCGAGAACAAGGUCAAGAUCCUCUCAGUUACUCUGUUUUGA